UACAUAUUAAAGUUGCUUAGCGUAACUCUUCACUCUCAUUUGGCUCUUCCCCAAAUCCUAGGCAAACGUGAAACACCGGUCGGAGCUAGUCGGCGGCGAAAGAAACAUGGCGAUUUUGUUUCAAAGUUCAACUAAUUCCAUGUUAUCCCUCAAAAUUUUCCUCAUUUCGACUACCGUUUUAUCUGCUGCUAUUAUGUUAAAGCUCUCUGCUCCAGCUGUCACUGACUUCGCCGUCAGUGAAGUUCCGUCAAUUUGGAACGGCGUCAUUUCGUGGCUUAAGCCUCCGUAUCUAUACCUCGUCAUCAAUUGCAUUAUCAUCACAAUUGUUGCCUCUUCCAAGUUGCAGAACAAGUUCGAUGAGAACCCAUCUCCGGCGCUGACGGCCGUUUCGCCGGAGAAUUUGACCCAGUUUCACCCGAUUAAGGAUGUAAGGCCGUCCACAGACUACUACUCUCCGGUCCUUCAUGACCUGAACGUCGCCGUCUUGAAGAAUCAGGCGGUGGAGGCGAGGCCGAUGGUUUACGAGUAUCCUACUGCUGGUGUUUACGAUGCAAAGGUCGAGAAAGUUCCGGAAGUUAUUAAUCCGUACGCUCAAGUGGAUGCACGUGUAUCGGGGAAAGAUACAUCGUUCAACGUGAAUGCUUUUGUUGCUGACGGAGACGAGGUCGUGAUCUCGAAAUCCACUCGGGCGCCGGUGAUGAGACAGGACUCUUUAGAUUAUUCCGUUGUUUCUGGAUUUUCGGCCGAGAAACCUCCAGCUUCUGCCAGAUUUAGUCACCGGAAAAAUGUCAAAUCCAGUCCCGAAGGUGGAAAGAAGACAUUGAAAGUAUCAAAGCCUAAACGGCAGGACACGCUGGAGAGUACGUGGAAGACAAUAACAGAAGGGCGAGCAAUGCCGUUAACGAGGCACUUGAGGAAAUCUGACACGUGGGAAACACACGGUGGUCGCAACAACCCGGCUCUAACCCCACCACAGCAGAAGAUGAAGAAAUCCGAGACGUUCAAUGAUCGUAACACCGCCAACUCGCCGCUGCUGACUCCAUCCCCUGGUUCAGGGAAACUUAAGAAAGAGCCAUCGCUGAGUCAGGACGAGCUCAACAGGCGAGUUGAAGCUUUCAUUAAGAAGUUUAAUGAGGAUAUGAGGUUGCAGAGGCAGCAGUCGUUGCAACAGUACACAGAGAUGGUCAAUCGAGGCGCACAUUAGCAAUUUCAGAUGCUGUUUUUUGCACAUAAACGGAGAGAAACUCUCUCUUUUUCCCCAUGUUUGAUGGCAAUAGCGAAAAGUAAUCUUUUACUUCUUUUGGACAAUAUGGAAUUUCAUGGCUUUGACAUAUGAUCGUAUAAACUUUUCUUUUAAAACAAUUAAAACGUCUAGUGUAACGAAUGAAUUAGUUCGUCUUCUCCCA